CAAGGAACGCUCACACCUAACGGUCCUGUUUGCAAUUCAGCUGAGAUCCCCCCGAGGCAAGCUUUAGGCUCACAGGAGUCUCUCCUCUCGCAACCAUGGAAGAUUACUUCUCCGCAGUCCGCAAGAUGGAGCAAACAGUGAUGUUCCCCAGCAUUCUCCAGGGCGUUCCUUUGGAAUGGCAGGACAGCACGCCCGAGGCUGACUCGAGUGGCAAAGAUUUGUAUGACUAUUACAAGCUGCUGAAAUCCAUCAAGCUGAUGGUGGAAGGGGGCUUAGUGCCUCUCGAUAACCAGAACCCCGAGGUCGCCACCCGUCUGAGAGAACAGGAAGAAAAAGAGAGGCAGAACCUUGAAGGCUAUUUCUAUUACCACGCGUCCAGCUUGUAUCGUGUCCUCGCACAGCUGACAAGGAGAGCCAUUGCUGUCACCUCCAAAUACAAUGAAAUUAUGGGGCAGAUUAACCAGGGCGAAAUUCACCUCGGCUGAUGAGAAAUGCAUGGUGCAAAGAGCAAAGGGUUAUUCUGCCACUCUCUCCCAGAGUCGAAAAGCACGAAGCAAACAUGUCUUGCCAUACGUUCUUCCAGAGGACUUUCUGGUGCAACAAGCUGUGUGAUACGGAAAAUACUUGACGAUUUCAAUUCCUGAUACCUGAAUUGAUAGGGUAUAUAGAGUGGGAGGGAAGUUUAAAUUUUUUAAAUGCAUAUUUAAUAUUUUAUGUAACCCGCUUGAUGAUUGAGUGGCUUAUAAAUCUAACAUAACAAAGUAAACUAAAUGCCAAACAUGUCUACGGCCCGAUACGAUUCAAAGAGGAUGUUUACGUAUUUUGAAAUCGGCUCAUGUUCUACUGAUUGCAUUGUCUCCGCUGGCUAAUACUUGCAACCUACUUCCGUAAAGGUAAACUUUAUUUUAUUGUUUUGUACAUAAGUGAAUUUUGAGCCGAUUGGCUCAAUGUCAAUAA